CGUCACGUAAACACAUGGUCCGAUGCCACUUUCAACGCUGCAGAUCUGAUCAAGAUUGAUUUGGUUUUAUUCAAUAAUCCGGUGGGAUGAAAGUUAAAGUGCUUUGCAGAAACCCGGACGACUAUGUUCGCGAGACAGUCAGAGAUAUACAGCGAGUGCCCAGGAACUAUGACCCGACCCUGCAUCCUUUUGAGGUGCCCAGGGAAUACACCAGAGCCCUGAAUGCCACCAAACUGGAAAAGGUGUUUGCCAAACCCUUCGUGGCUGCACUAGAUGGCCACAGAGAUGGAAUCAGCUGCAUCGCCAAACACGCCAAAAGCCUUUCGACAGUCUUAUCUGGAGCCUGUGAUGGGGAGGUUAAAGUGUGGAACCUUCCUAAGCGUGAAUGUCUGAGGUCAGUCCAGGCUCAUGAAGGAUUUGUACGAGGAAUUUGCUCCCGCUUUUGUGGCACCUCCUUUUUUACGGUUGGAGAGGACAAGACCAUCAAACAGUGGAGCAUGGAGGCACCAGGAUAUGGAGUGAAGGAGGAACCUAUUAACACUAUUUUGGGAAAGGGCGUGUUCACAGGUAUCGACCACCACCAGAGAGAGGGCAUGUUCACAACCUGCGGUCAGACGGUGGAUAUCUGGGAUGAGCAGAGAACCAGUCCCAUCCGCUCCUUCAGCUGGGGUGUGGACAGCUUCAGCUGCGUCCGAUACAACCCUGUGGAGACCGAGCUUCUCGCCAGCUGUGCGUCAGACAGAAGUAUCGUCUUGUAUGACAUGAGAGAAUCUGCGCCACUCCGAAAGGUCAUCAUGCAAUUGAGAAGCAAUACGCUUUGCUGGAACCCAAUGGAAGCUUAUUAUUUUACCUGCUCCAGUGAAGACUACAAUCUCUAUACUUACGAUAUGAGGUAUCUGGAUGUUCCUGUGGCUGUGCACAUGGAUCAUGUGUCUGCUGUUCUGGAUGUGGAUUAUUCACCUACAGGAAGGGAGUUUGUAUCUGCCAGUUUUGAUAAAACCAUUCGCAUCUUUCAGAAGGACAAAGGCCACAGCAGAGAGGUGUACCACACCAAACGUAUGCAGCAUGUCAUCUGUGUGAGAUGGUCGGCCGACAACAAAUACAUCAUGAGCGGCUCAGAUGAAAUGAACAUUCGCCUGUGGAAGGCCAACGCCUCGGAGAAGCUCGGAGUGCUGACAGCCCGAGAGAAAGCUGCAGCAAACUACAACAAGAAGCUGAUAGAGAAGUUCCAGCACCACCCACAGGUGAGACGCAUUGCCCGUCAUCGCCACCUGCCCAGAGGAGUCCUGAAACAGAAGAGAGAGCUAAGGGAAAUGAAAGAAGCCCGACGCAGAAAAGAACGAAACGUACGCAAACACAGCAAGCCAGGAUCUGUUCCCGUGGUGACCGAAAAGGAGAAACAUGUGGUGGCUGUUGUGGAAUAAAAGAUGAUUUAAAGAGGUGGUAUCAGUGAAGGAGCAUCUGUUCUUCACACAUGGACACUUUCCAGAAUAUUCCACCCUUAUCCUCUGUCUUUUACUGCCAUACCACGAGAUAUGUUUUUUUUUUUUUUGGUGUAUAAACGAACUUUCGGCAUACUGCAUUUAUCACAUACCAACUUUAGAUUUUGUUACAUACACAUUCAGUGGAGUUUCUAAAGAGUUUUUUUCAUGGACAAAUACUGAGCAGGUAAAUCAUACUAGCCCUGAACUUAUUGUAAUUGGUUGAAUAUGAACAAUAAAGUCUUCAAGUGUCAAA